AUGUUUAUAAAUGAUCAAUAGUCAGGCUGUAAAAAUAUUAUUCCAGGGCUAAGGGGCAUACCGCUUUGGCGAACUGAUGAAUUCCCCUGGAUUAAAGAGCUGGAAUAGCACUCUGAUACCAUCAAGCAAGAGUUGCUGUUAAUCUUUGAUGGGAAGUAGUUCAAACCAAAUGGGCUGAUUCUACGAGCCUUGCAAUAAGAUAUAGAGCAAAGCGAUUAAGAAAGUGAGGAUUUAACUGAUCAUUUUUGGAAUAGCUACUAACUUUUCAGCCCUGUUUUAGACUUAACACAAGAGUAGCUAAGGAUACCGAAGACUACAAACAUUUUGAGAAGUGUCAUUAAGAACUAAAAGGAAAAAGCAGCGUUUAGUUUGAGUGUUGAGAAGUUCAGACAAGAACCUCAUCAUGGUGAUUAGAAUUAUAUCUUGAGAUUCGUCUACCCUAUAAUGGGAGGAGAAGGAACCUAGAUCAAAGUAGGAGAUGAGUAUAAGUAUUAUUAAGAAGGUUAAAUGUUUGUAGUUGAUGAUUCAUUUCUUCAUUAAGUCAUUGAUGAAGGAGAUGAUGUAAGAAUUUAACUAAUUUUAGAUAUUUGGCACCCAGAUUUAAAUGAUGAAGAAAUUAAAAUACUUGAGAUUAUGGAUAGAGCUUUUGAAAGAUUAAAAUUGCUGUAGAGUUUUAGCUAUUAUUAGAUUCCACUUAAUAAUGAAUUAUAAGAGCUCUAAAAUAGAAUAGAUGAACUUGACCACAAUUGA